AUGUGGAAGAGCGCCUCCAUUCGCCGGGCUCGGACAUCGUUGUGCUCUCGUCCUCUCAUAUCGAGACAUGUCUCCAGCAGCGCAAAUCCCUACCCAUUCCCUAACAACGCCAACCCGACACCCUACCAGAUCUUCCACCUCCAGCCCACUGCGACGCGCGACCAGGUGAAGGCACGCUACUACGACCUCGUUCGCAUAUAUCACCCCGACUCCCCAAUCAGCCGCGCCGUCCCACCCGAGACCGCUCACUCGCGAUUUCAAGCCAUCAGCGCCGCCUAUGCUGUCCUGACCGGGAAGGUGCAGCGCAUGGCCGACGCCGAGUCAGCCAGCACCGGCGAGGGCUUGAAGCCCGACUACCACAAUCUGAGCAGGGCAAUGUGGCGGGCUCGACAGCGGAAGAGGGCAGAGCUCGAUGUGGGGUGGGACGAUCGGUGGAAAGACGGAAUGAUGCUCGGGGCGGUCGUGCUGGUGCGUAGAGAUGGUUGA